AUGAAAUAAAAUAAAUAUAUCAGAAAUGUUCAUCUUAGAUCUAAAGAAAUAGUUGAAUAAUAAAGAGAAUAAUAAAAUGAAAAUAAAUCAUUAAUACAAUUAUAAGAAUUUAAUUAUGCAGCUAAACCUUAUUAAGAUUUUGAAUGCAUAAAAUUAAAAAACAUUAGAUCUAUUAAAAUAAGUGAUUCUGGUUCUAGAGGAGUAAUUUUUAUAGAUUCAGAUUAAGGAGCAAUUGUUCUUAAAUUAUCAGGUUAAGUAGGAGUGGAACUUUUUCUUAAUAAAUUAGCAUUAGCACUUGACAUUAAAACAACUUAAAUGAAAUGUUUAAAAUGGUGUGAUUUUGAAAUGUAAGAAGUUAGGAAUGAUAUUUUAUUUGCAGCUUCAAAUGAUGAAGUUUUAUCUCAUAGACUUAAACAAAAAUUAAAAGUUGCAUAUUUUGAAAUGAUUGAGUAUGUUCCUGGACUUUAACUCUAUUGUUUUUAAGGAGAAAGAGCUAAAAGUAUUUUUAACCAAGAGAGGCUUUUCAAUUUAGGAAAAAUGAUUGGAUUUGACAUUUUCAUUCAUAAUGGAGACAGAUUUCCUUUACCUAUUUGGAGAAGUAUAGGAAAUGCAGAUAAUGUUAUUCUUAAAGUACUUGAUGAAAAAUAAGAGGAUAUGUUUAAUAUUCAAAAUACUAAUCUAAAUUUUGACUCCAUUUAUUCAAUUGACCCAUAAACUAUUUUAAAAUAAUAGGAUUAAAGCAUUUAAAAUAAAAUACUUAAUGCUUAUAUUGAAAAAGUAAAAAAAUUUCUCUAAUAAUUAUGUGAUGAUAUUAAAUAAAACGAAUCGCAAUCUUUAAAAACUUUUUAGGAUUUUAUCCUUGAACAUACACUUUAUAAAUUAAAUAAUAAUGAGCUUUAAAUAGUUAAUUAAGGAAUACUUUAUUAGAUUUAGAAAAUAUCUCAAUUUGGCAUAGAAAAUAUUAUUAAAUUAUAAUAAGAACUUCUUUUACCUGACAAUUAGGAUUGGAUGAAUUAAUAUAAUUCUUGUUUAAAUCAAAUUCAUAUUGAAUUUCAUUCAAAAUUAAUUCAAGUAUUUGCAGAAAUAAUAAAUACUAACUUUGAAAUUUUCUAAACUCUUUGA